AUGAAUAAUAAAAAGAAAUGAGUAUUCUAAUUUUUUUAUUGCUCUGUAAUCUUUUAUUUUUACAUUUAUUAACAUGAAUCCGGGACUAAUUAUUUUAACUUUAUCUUUAAUUCAAUGCAAUAUAACCUAUGUAAAUGGUAAAUUAAACUAUAAAUCGUACUUAAAUUAUGUAAAUAAAGUAGUAGGUCAUAUGUGUAUUCAAAAUGGAUGGAAGUCAAUGGAAAAAAUAUAUUUAAACUUUGAUGAAUCGAGUGCACCUAUAAGUGUUCCAGAUUUAAUGGUGCUAAAAUUCGACACCGAUAAUGUGCUAAGUAUUUUUUAUAAAAUGUUUCAUAUUUUGAACUACAAGUAUAACCAAGUGCUUUUAACAUUCGUGGAAUUAAUAAAUAUUGUUGUUGAUACUUGUAUAAACUUUUUUAAUGAUGAAUUAUUGGAAAAUUUUAAUAAUUGUACAGAAUCACUUGCGAAAGAAAUGGAAAAUUCUUUGACAAUGAUUGAGAGUUUAUACAAUGCCAUUACAUUUUUAAGUUAUAUAGACUUAAACGUGAGAAACCAUAAACUUAUCUUACUCGAUGUAAAAAGUGUCCCGUUCACUUUAGUUGACGGCAUUUAUGAGAUAAAAAACCACACAUAUUUUAAACAACAUCAAUACAAGAUUUCCUAUGUCAAUCUUCAAGCAAUUCUAGAUGUUAAAGAGUUCAUUGAUUAUAUAUCUAAAAUUGCAAAUAACUUUCUCGAGAAAAAUGAAUAUAUUAUAGAUACUAACGAUGAAAUUAAUUUAAAAUCUAAAUUGUUUACAGAAUAUUGGACUAGCCACACAGAUUUCACAGGUUUCAUACGUUUCAUGUAUCAUAAGAUAAAUUCGUUUUACAAUGAAACCAUUAAGAUUAAUUACGAAGGCCUUGGAUUUAUUCAGUUGAUAAAUCCAACAAAUAUUUAUUUGAAACCUCCUACUGACAAAAAUAUUAAUCAAGAGAUUGGAAUCACAGCACUCAAUACAUUACUUAUUAAUGGUAAUUGGAGUUCAUUUAGUCACAUAGAAAUACAACAAGGUGAUUCAAAAGUAAGUGUGAAACUAGUGAUAAGAGACCUGGCGACAGAUCACAAUUUUUAUGUUAAAAAAACUUAUUUCACACAAAUGAUAAGAUGUAGAUUUUUUGAAGUGCUUUUAAUUUACAACACAUCAUUAUCUGCUUUAAAAAAAAUAUGUAAAAAUGCAAAAGGUCAAUUAGGCUUAAAUGAUUAUAUGAAAUGUGCGACACGUCUAUUUCAAGCAAUUAAUAAUACAGUGAAAAUGUUCGAUUUUAUGAUGACAAUUAUAGAAAAAAUAAAACUAUCAUCAAUUUGGCAGCACAGUAGAUCAUUAUCUGAUUUACUGUCAACUCAGAAAUUAAUAUAUAAAUACGUGUUUGAUCUUAAAACUAGUAAUGUAGUACGAGAUUGUUAUGUAAAAAAACCUGAAGAAUAUACUGACAAAUUAGCUGAUGAUUACAUUAAAAAUGUUGAAUAUGCAAGAAGUAGCUUUAGCAAAUUGCUACUAACUAAACAACAAUCAAAUAAUAAUGGCUGUUAUUUUGAAGACAUAACGGUAACUAAGAAAGAACUGGAAAUUAAAUUUCAAAAUAUUGCAAACCAUAUUAAUGCAAACAUUUCACAUGACGCACAUAUCCGCGUGUAUGAGCUAAUUUCGAAAUAUUUAUAUGACUAUUGUGAAAAUUUUAUUAAAACUGAUUACGAAAAUACAGGUUUUAAUAAAAUACAUCAAAAUUAUUUUUGGCAAUGGGCAUAGUUCAUUUUUGUUUAUCAAAGUGAAAUAUAACAUUUUUGUGAA